AUGUCAUUGCAUAGUUAUUUAUCUUCUAUGUAUGGUUCCAUUAAGAACCAAACAAGUCAUAAGGUAACCAAAAAUAAAAGUAAGAGUAAGAUCAAAGAAGAGAAGAAAGGCAAAGAAAAGAGCAGCAACGUUACUAUUAUAGAUCACUCUAAACAACAAAUUAGCAGAAUCUAUCCUAAUAGUACCUUACUGCGAUCAGGAACAAAAGAUAAUCAAAAAGAAAUAUUAUGGAAAGAUCUGAGUACAAAUAAAAUAGUUACGACAAAUGAAAUAAAUAAUCUAAGUGGGUCUUCUGCUAUUAAUGUAAAGUCUAAAAACACCAUACAACAGGAGUUUUCUUCUACAGAUACGGUUUCUAAUCAAGUAUCAGGUACGUUUGAAGAUCAUAAGUAUUCAAAUACUGAUACAGUUCAUAGAGAUGAAAGAGGACAUGUUUUGAGUAAUCAAGAUAUACAAAGAAGAACACAAGAAAAGGAUUUAAGAGAAGUAAUUCGACAGAAAACUUUAAAACAAUUGAAUGCUGGUGAAGUUCAAUUAUUCCUUCAACAAAAUGAGUCACAUACCUCAUUAAAAGUAAAGUCAAACAAGCAAGAUUUAUAUAAUAUUGAAGACCCUGCUUCACGCUUUGAUACAACAGCUAAUAAAACUGAUGUCUCCACCUCAUCUAUUACUAAUAAUAAUAAUAGUAAUUGCAAUAGUAAUAAUACAGCAGUUUCUUUGUUAGGAAGAAAACUCUUUCAAGGUAUUUAUGCUGAAAAUAGAUUUGAUAUUAAACCAGGAUAUAGAUGGGAUGGAGUUGAUAGGUCUAAUGGAUUUGAAAAAAGAUGGUUUGAGAAGAGAAAUGAACAAUAUGAAAAGAAGAUAUCCAGUCUGAUUUCAAAUCAUGAGGAAGACUAUUGA